AUGGAUGAAGGGAACGCUACGUUCACGAAAAUCUUUGAGUAUUUGAAUAUAUUUCAAAGAGAGAGCAUACUGACUCUUUCUCCAUUGGGUGCUGCGGCCGAAAUCAGUGCGAAUGACACUCAUAUUUAUACGAUUCCACCGGAACUUAAAGACAGUCUGCUCUCAUUAUCGACAUGCACACAACCGGAUCAGAAUUACAAGAGUUUGGAACUGGUUGUGGGGAAAACCCGAUACAGCGGUGAAGGUGGACUGGUUACUUAUAGCGCCGGAGGCCUUGAUGUUGUCCAAGUGAUCGCCCCCCAAGGCGAGGGUUCCUGGACCUACGAACUCGGAGUAGGCCCGUCGGCGUCGUAUGCUCUCAAUGAGACCGUCACGGAUCUGUUUUUCGUGGAUUCGGACUUUGCAAACUCGCUCCUGGUCACGAGUCCGCUCACGGAGUUGCAAGAAAACCUCACCAAUAUUGUUUUGCUGAAAGAUUGGGGUGACUCGAACCCGGUCGUUACGAUUGACUCGUUGGAGAUCUCCCUGUAUACCAGUUUGGUCAACACGAGCAACGUUCUGUAUCGAUCUUACUGUGCAAUUCAUAACAACGGCCCGCUUCUGAACCAAAAGAAUGCGGAUUUGUCCUACACAAACCGAGGAACUAAGCACCAGACACGAGCACAGUACCUGCUGCCCGGAUUGAAUCACAGUACAGAGUAUGUGGCCUAUUUGACUUAUGCUAAUGCCCAGCUGAACUCAUCUGCCUCGCCCCCUCCAUUAGGCGGGAUUAGCCUUGGUCAGGCCUCGUUUUCUACGACUGGAUCGUUUUCAUGCCAAUUGGUGUACAACAUGACGUUUUGUUCUGAAAUGGCGUUUGCAGUGCCCGGCAAUGCUUCGGCGUUUAGUGUGAAUGAGCUCACUAUGUUUUAUGACAAUAUGGCCAGAAAACGCUAUGAAAACUUUUCGAAAUCGCUUGAACAGGAGCUAUGCCAGGGCAAGUUGGAUGAUCGGUACUCGGUUUUGCGCUCAUGCGGUGAUUGCGAUAGUUCGUAUCGUAACUGGCUGUGUGCCAUUACAGUUCCGCGAUGCGCCGACUGGUCUUCGAACGGUUCUUAUCUCCAUCCUCGUCCCAAGGGUCAAUCUCGAAACCCUGAAAUCAACAAGUACAUUGACCCUGGCCCCUACAAAGAAGUUCUGCCUUGCAAAGAGCUAUGCUACGACCUCGUGCGGGACUGUCCCGCUAGUCUGGGGUUCUCCUGUCCAAACAAGCAUAUGAUCAAUCUGUCGUAUGGUUCGAUGAGUGACGACGGGUAUGUGACUUGCAGCUAUCCUGGCGCGGUGUUUUUCGAGGACGCCGCUCAUCGUAUGACCCCACCAUGGCUGCUGCUGCUGUUUAUGCUCUUUUUAUUCUUGUAA